AUGAAUCUCCAAACCACUACCCAGCUCAUUGCACUCCUAUCCAUGUCAUCAGCAGCUACUGCAACCUACAGCUAUAAUUGUUAUGGUCAAGAUAUUUUGAGGGAUGACAUUCAACGUAGCCUCAAUGGAUUGGUAAAUUCAGGUUCAAAUCAUCAGAAAACAGCCAUAGAAAAAUUUUACUGUGGAGAAAAUAAGACUUGCUAUGUUUCUCACAUUACUCUAAGUAACUACAAAAAUGCAAACGGAUCCAUCUCUCCAUAUUAUUUGCUUGUGGAUGACAAUAACAAAUUUUUAAGUGUUGUAAUGUAUUAUGUGAAAAGCUACUAUGAAUGUGAGCAAAGCUGA